CUAGAAAUUAAACAUCGUUACCGCCACAACCAUGUGCACCUAUAUAUAUAUGAGCUAAUCUUCCUCCAUAUUGGCUUCAUUCUUUCUUGUUCAUAUGUGGGUUAUCUUUGAGCUCCAUCUAUCAUGAGCAAUAUUCCGACAUCCUUAACAGAGUCCUCUCGAACCCUCUUUAACCUAGCAAUCUCUUCGUCUGACCCCUGGCCAUUCUCCCAAGUUUUCUUAUAACCCUAGCCUAGCCUCUUAAGAAAAAAAAGAAACCUGUUUUGUACGAACAAGGGUUUUUAAUUUUUGGCAAAAUGGGGAUUGUUGGAGAAAGACACCACCUGAAUUUCCACAUCCAUAUUCCGAACCUGCUUCAUCAUCAUCACCACGGCCACCACGAGAAGGCGAAUUCCAAGGAGCUGAAAGACAUCCCCAAGGGUUGUCUGGCGAUCUUGGUCGGUCAAGGUGAGGAGCAACGUCAAAGGUUUGUGAUCCCUGUCAUCUACAUCAACCACCCGCUCUUCAUGCACCUCUUGAAGGAAGCGGAGGAGGAGUACGGAUUCGAUCACAAGGGCCCCAUCACCAUCCCUUGCCAGGUGGAGGAGUUUCGCACCGUCCAGGGCAUUAUUGAUAAAGAGAAGUCAACAAUCCUCCACCACCACCAUCAUCACCACCACCACCACCACCACCAUCAUCAUGUGUGGUGCUUUAGGGCUUAAUUAAUUUGAUGUCGAUCGGUGUCGUGUAAAAUUUUUAUUUUUUAUUUUCUGUUUCUUUUUUCUUUUGUAUUUGUGGAAGAUUCUAUAGAUCAGUACCCAGAUUGGUGUAAAUUUACGAUGAUAUAUAACCAAAAUGUAAUGAUAAGAUUUAUUAAUUGUCAAA